AUGUCCUCUUCAGAGCUUCCGAGAGGCAGCAGCAGCAGUUCAGGAAGCAGAGCGGGUCCCGAAAGUAAGGCUGGAAGUCUCUCUUCCAGCGGGCCUUCCAAAGAAAGGAGUAGCAAUUCUGGGUUACACAGUGAUAGUCGAAAGUACUAUCCUUCAUCGCAUUACCGCCGCAGUUAUCGUCAUAAUUAUAAUGGUUACAAUGUGCCACAGCAGCAGUCAAAGGCAGAACCAGAGUCAAAGGCAGAGCCACAGCCAGAGCUAGAACGGCCUCAACUACAACUAUCGUCACAGUCGCUACAUUCAGUAUCUCUUAGACAAAAAUCUAUGGCAAAUCCGUUUACCUCGAGGCGACACGAUGAUGCCAAUGGUAACGAUGCAUAUACAGACAGUAGUAAUGAUAACAACGACAAGAUAGACGGCUAUUCUCACAAUCCCAACAGAACAAGCUCAUAUGGCCCCCAAAGGCGUGGAUAUCAUUUUGCGCCUCGCAGAGUAUCCAGUUCUAGAAGUAUUUCAGUUGAAGGUGGAGUUUUUGAUAGCGAGAGGCCUGGGAGUGGUAAUACUUCUAAUGGAUACGUUGAUGGACCACAACGGCGACGGGUCUCAAGUUAUGGAAAUUUGAAAGAUACAUGGCCUUCUAGAGAAGGUUCUCUAUCGCGUAAAUCUGGUGGUGACAUAAUUGGUGGCCCCAGCCAUCGUGAUGUCAGUAGGGGUGAUUGGUUAUCAUAUACUCGUGGAGGAAGUCGUGGUAGGUAUCAAAGGAGAUAUCAUGGUGAGGAUUCUGAUUAUUAUGGUGGCUCGUCGUCAUCCUCUUCGUCUGUUCCUCCUCUUGGGGGUAAGGAAGAGAUAAAUGUGAAUGAUCCACAGACAGCUAGACUGGAUGUCAAACGACCAGGAGAAUCCAAAGAGGAUAUUGAGGAACCUAAACAGGAACCUAAACAGGAACCUAAACAGGAACCUAAACAGGAACCUAAACAGGAACCUAAACAGGAACCUAAACAGGAACCUAAACAGGAACCUAAACAGGAACCUAAACAGGAACUUAAACAGGAACCUAAGCAGGAGCCUAAGCAGGAGCCUAAGCAACAACCAGAGGAAUUUAAAGAGGAUAUUGGGGAUGGUUUUACGCAGAAACCCAAACAGAAAUCAAAUGAGAUAUCUCAGGAACUUGAGGAUGGAUCAACAACCGUUGUUUCACAAUCACAGAUACAGCAACUCGAUCAUGUCUCGAUACACCAAGAAUCUCAUGAUACUUCAGAACCUCUAGCAAACCCCGAAUGGUCUGACGAUGAUUUUCCUGUCGCUGAUGGUUGUAUAUUUCCCAUGCAGAAAGCUGCCUAUCGUUUCUGGGAGCUUAAAAAUGUCACUAAGAGUAAAAGACGCAGUGGCAUGAAGUAUUUCUCUUCUGGUAAGAUCAGUGACCUCUACCAGUAUAAUUUUUUUGGCUCCGAAAUACUCACAUUCAAAGAGAAUGAUGGUACGAAACUACUUAACAUCUUGAGAAAAUAUCACGAUCUACUAGAUAUCAAGAGGCGGUCAUUAACAGAGGAGUACGUGUCCAGAGCAAGCAUAUGGGACGAGAGAUGCAAGAUUAUGGACAAACAUGUGGAAAAGCUGCAUAAGAUAGAGGAGGAGAUUAGAAAGCACAAGCAAAUCGUACUGGACGAACAUGAUCAAAUGACAAACAAGGAGAUUGAAGCAUGGAAGGCCAAACAGAAAUUGCUCAAGCAGGAAGAAGAGAAAAAGCUACAGGCGCGUCGUGCUCGCCAUCAUGGUGAUUCUGUAAGGACAGAGGCAGAAUUUCUGGAGAUUUUAGCUUCAUUGGAAAAGGAAAGGGAGAACGACCCGUUAGUUAGAGCGCAAUAUGGAGCCGCCACCAUUCCAAACAUGACUUUGGAUCCUGUACAGAAAUAUGCCAUGGAAGUGUACAUUGAUUCGAACAAUCUUGUUCGUGAUAAGGAGGCUUGGGCUCACCGGCUUGUGACGGAUGUAACCGACACCUUCACUGAAGAUGAACAUACAAAAUUUUGCAAGGCAUUCUCGCUGUAUCCAAAGAAGUUUGGUCGAAUUUCUCACUACAUGGGAGGACUGAGAAGCGCCGAAGAGUGUGUGAUUCACUAUUAUGUGACAAAGAAAAAUGUGGAUUACAAGGAGAUUGUUGCUGCUAGAAAGAAUAGAGGAAAGCGUAAAGGCAAGAAAAAGGAGAAAGAAAAGAGAGCCGACGGGGAUGGACAAGAGAGCGACCAAGAAGGACAUACUCCAGAUACCUCUAUUACUGGGUCUUCUCAGAAAUCUACUCCGCGAAAGGCUACUGGCCGACUUCUGCAGUCUCAACAGUGUGGUAGUAAGCGGUCGAGGGGUUUGAAGGAGCCAAGUACACCUAAAAGUGAAGAGUCUGAUAGUACGAGGGCUUCAGUCCAUUCCCCUGUUUCAAAGACGAGAAGAUCAGAGCCUGUUAGAGAACCUAUGGUGGACCCGUCUCCAGAGCCACUGGAGACUCCAGAGUCCAGCGAGAUUGAAAAGAAGCCAGAACCAUCGCAGCAGAUCGAGGAAGAGGUCAAUGAUAAUAACAAUACAGAUGGAGAAACGGAGCCAGAUUCUGAAGCUGAAACAGAUGAAGAAAUGGAACCGGAAGUGGCUCUUAAGGCCAAACCCGAGUCACGCAUCAAGACUGAAAACCAGGCUCCUGACCAGACUGCCACAAAUUCUCAUUUGAUACCUGCCCCUACGAUUCAAAGCAUUGCUGCUGCACUCGCUGACGGUAGUACUGAAGAUGCAUUUGUAGAUGCUGAUUCUGAGCCGGCUCUCAAGAAAGCCAGGCGUGGUAGAAAGAGAAGUAGAGAUUUUAGUGAGGAAGAACAUAAAGACAGGCGAAAAGAGCGUGGUCACAAAGAUAAAAAUCAUGUGACAAGCUACUGGAGUGUCCAGGAAACCGGUCUAUUUCCAGGCCUGUUACAGGAAUAUGGAACUGAUUGGGAAUCGAUUGCCAAGUAUCUUGGUUCGAAGACUGCUUCAAUGGUUCGCAACUACUACCAAAGGGGCCUUAGUGAAAAUUCACAGUGGAGGGAAGUAGCAGCUGCAGCCGAUGCACGCAGACCCGAAGCUUCUCCCGUGCCGGCCACAGCUCCUGCUACGCAAUAUCCUGUGAGCGGUCUUCUGCAAUCCCCAUUUCAAAACUCGGCGAUCGCUUAUGCUGGUUAUCCCGGAACUUCUCUAACUUCUGGAUCAAUUCCCUCUUACCCUGCUCCUGUUUACAAGAUGAACAACGUAAUGAAGAUGACCAAAAUUUUGAAUACUGGUGCCUCUGAUCGUUUUACAUCACUUCCACACCUGCAGGGAGAACCACAAUCAGCACCUAAUCCACAAUCUCAACAGCCGGAACAGCGUAAGCCUAGUAUUAUGAGCCUUCUCAAUAAUGAUACUGCAGGUUCUGCUUCUUCUAGAAGUGCAUUCAUUUCUUCAAUCCCGACUCCAGCUCUACCACCUAUUCAUCUUACAAUCGGGAACAUGAUGAACCCUUCUGCUCCUGCUGGUGUUCAGUAUGAUCAUACAGAAGCCCCGGUUGCGGCUGGCUAUCCAAGUUCUUCUUUUCAAUCCACUCCAGCUCAAGAUAUCUCAAAGAAUCCAAGUCGAGCUGCAUCUCCUCCGCAACCACAACGACAAGUACCUCAACCUCAAUCUAGACGUGUAGGCAUCAGCGCUUUGGAGGCCUUGGCCCAAGUUGCAUUUGAAAGGAAGUAA